AUGACUGCCGUGCCGGAAGUCUCAGCUACCAUCAACGACCUCCUGGCUCAACAGCAGCUGUUGAUGCACUCCAUCACUCGAGCGCUCGAUAACUUCAAAAAGCUCGGAAGGAAUAACUACACCGCUGCAAAGGUCCGAGCGCGAAUCGCUAGCUCCAAAGAAGUCUGGACGCAAUGCGUUCGCGUGCACUCGGCCCUCUUGCAAGUUAUUCCGGAAGCGAAAAGAAGCACGUUCGACUAUUUUCAAAGCGAACUGUUCGAUCAGGCCGAGGACAUCCACUUGACGACGUUGGAUUACAUGGCCGAAUAUCUGGAGGCACUCGCGCCAACGCCGCCGCCUCUGACAGCGAACCAGGCUCCGGGCGCCGCGUGCAGUCAUGGGCCGCCUGCCUCCUCAUUCUCACUGGCGCAUCUGCCGCCCAUCAACAUUCCGCCAUUCUCAGGGAAAUAUGAAGAUUGGGAGACGUUCCGCGAUCGCUUUACGUCUCUUAUCAUUAACAAUCCCGAACUUUCUGCAUUCGCGCGAAUGCAUUUUCUCUCAUCAAGCCUCGCCGGGCGGGCGCUUGAAUCUAUUCGAAGCAUCCCAGUAACCGCGGAUAACUUUGAACUUGCGUGGAAGGCCCUUGAGUCGAGGUACGAAAAUAAGCGCCGAUUAGUCGAGAUGCAUGUGUCCGCGUUAUAUAAUCUGCCGAGCGUUUCCCGCGAAUCAGCGAGCGAACUCAGCAAGCUUCGGGAUAAAGCAAAUCGCGCAAUCACGUCGCUGAAGAAUUUAGAUCGUUCCGAAUCCGACAUUCUCAGCGACAUGCUGAUGUAUAGCGUCACGCAAAGGCUUGAUCCCGCCACUAGGAAAGCGUGGAAACUGAAAGGCGGGGAUGACGCGCGAAUCCCAACAUUCAGCGAACUCGACCGAUUCCUCGAUUCUCGUGCUCGCGCGCUCGAAGAAUUGCAUCCCGCGAAU